UUUUUUUUCGCAAAACAGUGGCAAACUUUCCUGUUCUGCUUCUGUAUCGGUGAAUAAUCGUUCGCAAGUUUCUCUCGGUGGUCGACGUCAGAUUGACCUAUCAAACGUCGCAGGAAGGUCGUAUCCGGUGUUCGGUCGUCGCGGAUAGCUUUAGUGUGUUGAUAUUUUCUUUCGUUUGGUGCAAAACGGAUCGAAUCAGAGGGUCCGAAAUCCGGAACAAAAUAACACCCCAGUGACCCACACACAUCGAAAAAGGCUUCCUCAGAUCUCAAGUGUUGGAGAAAAUUAAACACAGAGCCGGUCGGUCGCAGUUUGUCUUGUGUGAUCUCUGCUGAAGGUCGGAUUCAUACUCGGAAGGGAAUAUGCUGCGAAACAUAGCGUUAAGGAACGAAAAGCUGCUGCUCCAGGGCACCCGGAAUGUGCUUCGUCGAACGACCAACCGGGCACUAACCUGUGAAGCCGUACGGAAGCAGAGCCAACUACAAAAAUGUUCGCCAAAAUUGUCCGGCGUUACCGCCUCCAAGCCAAAAAUGCUACAGGUAAAUUUCGUCCGCGGCUACUGCAGCAACUUCCCGGCACACACCAAAGUCCUUCUGCCGGCACUUUCACCGACAAUGGAGUUGGGUACCAUCGUGAGCUGGGAAAAGAAGGAAGGCGACAAGCUUAACGAAGGCGAUCUUCUGGCCGAGAUCGAAACAGACAAAGCCACCAUGGGUUUUGAAACCCCGGAGGAAGGCUACCUGGCCAAAAUUAUGGUUCCCGCCGGUCAAAAAGACGUCCCCAUCGGUAAGCUGGUGUGCAUCAUCGUCGAAAACGAGGGCGACGUGGCGGCCUUCAAGGAUUACAAAGACACCGGUGCACCCGCUGCAGCCAAACCAGCCCCGGCUCCAGCUGCACCAGCUCCGGCUGCCGCUCCUCCAGUAGCUACACCACCGCCGGUUGCAGCUGCCCCUCCACCACCAGCACCAUCUGCACCAACCCAAAUGACGGCUGUGGAGCAGCGAGGACCUCGUGUUUAUGCUAGCCCAAUGGCUAAGAAGCUGGCCGAACAACAGAAGCUUCGACUGGAGGGUAGAGGCUCCGGUUUGUAUGGCUCGUUAACGUCUAAAGACCUUGCAGGUCUGCAGGCGGCCGCUCCAGCCGGCCAUGUAUCGGCCCCGGGGGCGCCCAGCAUUCCGGCCGGUGCCGCCUACGUGGAUAUUCCCGUGUCGAACAUCCGCGGUGUGAUCGCUAAGCGGCUGCUUGAAUCGAAGACCACCAUUCCGCACUACUACCUGACCGUGGACGUAAACAUGGACCAGAUCAACAAACUGCGCGCCAAAUUCAACAAAUCGCUGGAAAAGGAGGGCGUCAAGCUGUCGAUCAACGACUUCGUCAUCAAGGCGGCUGCCAUGGCCUGCAAGAAGGUCCCGGAAGCCAACUCGGCCUGGUUGGAUACCGUUAUCAGGCAGUUCGACGCUGUUGACGUUUCGGUAGCGGUUUCGACAGACCGCGGUUUGAUUACGCCAAUUGUGUUCAGUGCUGACCGCAAGGGUCUCGUUGAUAUCUCCAAGAAUGUCAAGGCUCUGGCAGCAAAGGCUCGCGACGGAAAGCUACAGCCUCAGGAGUUCCAGGGAGGCACCUUUAGCGUAUCGAACCUCGGUAUGUUCGGAGUGACGCACUUCUGCGCCAUCAUCAAUCCCCCGCAGAGCUGUAUUCUGGCCAUCGGUGGCACCCAGAAGCGUAUCGUACCUUGCAAGGAAUCUGAACAGGGAUGGAAAGAAAGCGACUACGUUUCAGUAACUCUCAGUUGUGAUCAUCGCACGGUGGACGGAGCUGUUGGUGCUCGCUGGUUACAGUAUUUCCGUCAGUUCCUAGAAGACCCUCAUGCCAUGCUGCUGUAAAUGCUUUCCUUCGAACUCAUCAACACGACGAAAAUUCCCAUGCCUUAUUUUCAACUACGAAGUACCACUGAACCACCUCUCUCCGCCACUCGACCAUCCGAAUGCCCAAUCUUCCCCCGGAGUGACCUUGAAGAGCUAUGCUCUGACCGCAUUGCAUGCAAUCGCCGGGUGUCUUUUAAUUGUACAGAGUGUUUCGUCACCGACUCCAAGAGAGAAUCGAACAUUUUCCAAAGGCACCAGUUUUCGUUUGCAGAAAACCCAAAUGUCGUCCAUCCUACCAAGUCGCAAGAACUACAGUCUGCCAAGUGAAUGUUUAAGGUAUCACACAACCAAUAGUCAUCUUUAAUUAAUUAAGUAGUAGAAAUAAUACACACACUCAACACGUACAAACGAGACCGGACCGGGAAACUGAACAGCGUAAUCGAAAUUCAAAAUCCAGCAUAACGUCGUCAAGGUAGGUGAUUCAAAGCACCAUUUACAAAUGUAUCAGGGAUGAGGGAUAUAACUUUUAAGGAAUCGCCUUCCGUGUUUGGAAAUCGAAACCGCCUAAAAAAGAAUCUUUAAAAUUUGUUUAAUCAAUAGAAGAGGAAAAUUUAACACUGAUUAAAAAAAUGUUUUGAACAAAAUGGGGGAUUAGAUUGCAGAAAUAUGAAUGUGCAUACGGCAGCAUGCUGCUGGUAGACAAUAGUUCUCACAGCUUUUUAGUAUCGUUUUAUACAUGGUUAUUUAUUGGGUUCCACUUUGAUUUCAAGUUUGUGAUCACGUGCAGAGAUAGAAUGGCAGUUGAAAAUUAUGGAAAUAAAUUUGCACGUUUUAUAUCUUUUCGGAGCAUUGAAAAUCAACUAUGAAUCUUCAAUCUUAAGCUAAAAUUUGGAAACAUCUAUUAUGUCAAAACAAAAAAGGGAAGAAAAUAUCCGUACUACUAUCACUAGCCAAUUGUCACGCUUUUUUGGAACGGUAAACGACAGGAUUGAGGAUAUGAAUUCAUCAGUUAGGACCUGUGCUGUUAGAGAGAAACAUUUUCCAUACAUAGGAAAUAAAAAAAACAGUCGAUUGAUCAACCGGCA